AUGGACACCAUUAAAACUAACACAUAUUCGUUUGAUUCUUAUACAUUAUCAAGAAAGACAAAUCUUUAUUUUUCUUCACCAGCAAGUCAAAUGCCUCGAAGUGUAUUGCCAAGCAGUUUUUUAAAUCGAUUUAAAUCUAAAUUAGAUACUAGUGAAUAUGAAGAAUUUAUUUUUUCAUUAUCUUCUGAUGAAAAUUCUCGAAGAACAUCUUAUGCUAGUGAUAUGUCAUCAUCAGAACAAAAUCAAAAUACAAAUGAAUUCAAUGAUGUAUCAGAAAACGAAGAACAUGUUCAUUAUGGUCCGGCGAAACGAAUUAUAUCUCAAAAUUCUCAGGAAAAAUUUGAAAUUUUUUAUGAAAUUCACAAUGGCUUCACAUCAGAUCAAGUAUUAAUUAUUGAAAAUGCUUUACAAAUUGUUGCUGAUAGAUUAUUUAAUCCAGAAAUUUUACGAAAUUUAUAUCAAAUUUGUGGUGCAUCUGGAUAUUUAUUAUUACAUUAUCAAUUAAUGUGUUUGAAAGUUCAAAGUGCAAAUGGAGAAAUACCCAUCAUCAAUAUUUAUCCGAUUCAUGAAAAAGAUCAAAAAGAAAAUAAUAACUCUCUUCCAUGUGUUUAUUGUAUAUCUCAUGGAUCAUCAUUUUUAAUUGAUGGUGAAUUUGAAAUUGAAUUAAAUCAAGAUAAACUUAAUGGAUCAGUUAAAAACAGUUCAAAUGCAUUGUUUUGGGCUGGAGAAAUCGUUUAUGAAAUGCUUCGCAAUUUAGGUCAUCAAUUCAAUGGAAACGGUUGCACAAAUCGAUCACAAAUUAAUGUUUUCAAACAAUGUUUUCUACAUAAUGGAAAUUAUAUUCCUAUUAAAAAAAAUGAACUUUCAGCUGUUCGAAAGCUUAGAUGA